CUCAGCUCACCAAUCGGUGUCUGGGCGGUAAUCCUGCACGUGCUCCUCAAGCUCGACGAUCUUACGACAACACGUGCUGGUUGCCAUGGUAGAUGGCCCUCGCGAGUCGCAGUCGACCUAUACGAGGGAGCGUGUAAGAUCCAUAUACCAGGACGGGCUGAAAUGGAAGAACAGCGACUCUAUCGGUCAACCCAGGACCUUCGACGCGGCUGCCAUAGAUCACGAUGCGACAGGCGAACUGUUCUAUAUCUUCACCGCGGCUCAGCAAAAGGAUCGACUGAAGGAAAUGGGUAGAUCUUACUUCCAUGCUGUUCAGGAGCCCCAGAACCAUAUCGCUCAGCUCGAUCACAAGAUAGCAUCCCUGCUUUCUUGCUGUUACGAUGGCAUCAUUGAUGAGGACUAUAUGGUCUCGGAGGCUUGCGCAUUGUUAUCUCACAUGCCCGCUGCUCCUCCUCUUCCACAAGCCUUGGCUACAAUGUUUCGAGGCGCCACGUUCAACUGGCUCUACUUCGAGGCUAUCCACUGCAGCAACGUUCUGUUGAACGAAGACACCUGGGAAAAUCUGCUCGUCACUCGAUGGUUUGACACAAACACCAUCCGAAUUGCUUUGACCGUUGUCCAGAUAUAUGAUGAGAAGAAUAGCAAUAUGGUAAACCAUUUUCGACAAUACCUCAACACCCUGGCCGAGAUUUUAGAGGCGACGUUUACUUUGCUCUAUCACUGCAACGACGCCGUGGAACAGCAAUCUUGGUUGCUGGCCUCAAGUUUUCUCUGGACAUGCUGGUAUCGUGGGCUCAUGCUUCAUCUCCACGCCAAUCUGCACUUUCACCUGCGGCUUGGCUACAAUGUCGAGAAUUUGUAUCGACUUGACAUGAAGCAGCCGUUGCCACAAAUGGGCUUGUCUUUAUCACCUCUGAAACCGUCACAAUACCUGUGCCCCUGGGCAUUUGAGCUGCUACGAUCGGAUAGAGCUUCUGUGAGCCAAGAUUUUCGCCGUUUUCACCUCCGCUUUUCGACCUUUCAUGGCUGCAAACCAGCUCGAUGCCUAGCUGAGCCUUGCCGCCCUUGCAAUGGGCAAGGCCCGACGCACUGUCAACGCUUUACGGGUCAAAAGAUAGUUGACCAGUCUGCUCAUGAUACGUCUUGUAACGGUCAAUGUCCAAGUCUGUUUUGGGACGAGACGAGCUAUCGAAGUGUCACCGGUGCAAGAGCGGUUUCUAUCAAUGACUCGGAUGGAUGCGCCGUACGCUACUGCCAAGCUUCCUCUCGCACGGUUGCUGUCUCGCAUGUGUGGGCACAUGGUGCGGGUGGUAGACCGCACACGGGCUUCAACUCCUGUCUACACCAGCGUCUCGUCCGAAUUGCUCGAGAAAACAAUUGCGACUCUUACUGGAUGGACACACCCUGUAUACCAGAGGACCAUCAGCUUCGUGCUGAAGCAAUUGCAUAUAUUAACGAAGUGUUUAAUACAAGCAGCAUUACCCUGGUCUGGGACCGUGAUCUAAUGUCGAUUGACGUCUCUCAUCCAUCGAUAGAGACGCAAGAGGCUAUCCUAUGCACUUUGCUGGUCUGUGACUGGGCCCUUAGGUCUUGGACUCUCCUGGAGUCGAUGCGCGCACGGCAUAACAUUCAUCUGUUGUGCAAAGAUAACAAGACGAUCGCGCUGAGAGACUGCCUGCUGAAUGUCCACCACGGUGGUGCGAUCGAUAUUGCAACACUAUUGCUCACGAGCCAACAACUCCUGCCUACGAUGAAGUACGACGGUGAUUCACCCGACGAAGAAUUUCUGAGGCAGAUGAAGGGUUAUGUUCCUGCCGAGGAAGCUCUGCACCUGUUGGCUCGUCGACAUGCUUCCAGACCAGGAGACAGUGUUGUGAUCUUGAGCUUGCUCAUUGAUGACAAGCCAUUUUAUACCGCCGAGGCUUUCUGGAAAUCGAAAAUAGGCUAUUCCUUAAGCUCAGGUGUACUGUUUUCAUCCCAGCCCAGGCUCCAGUGCAAGGGACUCGGAUGGGCACCUUCCCAACCAGAGUUGCCGUUGGCUGUGUCGGACAGAGCUUCUGCCUACUCUCAAGAACACUUGUUCGAUGGCUCACGGACAGCGAUUGCGAUAAUCACCCCAGACGGUCUUGACGCGACGUUUGCCACUUUCGAAAUCCCGGAAAUCGAGCCAGAGUCCCGCUUCCAGGAUGUGCUCAGUAGUCUAGCCCAGAAACUCCCCUGGUCGGGGUCCCAAGCCCGUCGGCCCGGUCAGGCAUGUAUUCUACGUGACCAUUUCCAGCUCGAGAAAUAUCUGCACUCCCUGCUGCUCCUUCCCUUGCAUGCGAUCUCCUCGCGAACUACUGUGUUCAACGCGUAUCGCGGCCGGUCGAACGGCCUGCUGUUUGCUGUGGUAGGCUCAAAUGAUGCAGACAGGCGGACCUGGCACUGGCUUGGGACUUUUGAAUGGGAUCUAAACUCUCCUCCACACCCUAAGAAGAGGAAGGAACGAGAGAAGAUAUUCCUUGUCUGAGCGUACCCUCUGAACGAGUACAACAGCGUCUCUGGAAAAGCUCCAUGCAUAGGUUCACCGUUGAGAAUUUUGCAAACUGGCGACUGACUUCCAGGAAACGGCGCUUCUCCUGCACAACCAACCCUCGUGGUCGUUGACGUCGUCCAAGUGCACGCGACAGGCAUCCAAGCCUCGGAAGAGGACAGUAGAAGCGAGCGG